GCGGAGCCCGCGCCCAUGGCGGCGCCGCCGGCGGCUCUGCGCUGGGCGCUGCCGCUGCUGGCGGCGCUGGCGGGCGCCGGCGCGGCCGGCCCGCAGGUCUUCGAGGUGCCGGGGGCCCCCAUCGACAACAUCGAGGUGAGCCGCGGCGGCGUGCUGGUGGCGGGCGGCAGCUGCCUCUACGAGCUGCGGCCCUCGCUGCGGCUGCAGCGCCGCGUGGUGCCGCCGGCGGCGCGGGGCUGCGGGGAGCCGCCCGGGGUGCGCAGCAAGCUGCUGCUGCCCUACGAGGAGGCGGCGGGCGGCGGGGUGCUGCUGGCCGGCUGGACGCAGGCGGACGGCAGCUGCCAGGUGUGGGAGCGCCCGGCCUACCGGCAGCGCUUCAACCGCAGCGAGGUGGUGAGCUGCCUGCCCGGCGGCUCCACGGCCGGCGUGGUCUUCGAGCUGGCCGGCACCUGGUACCUGGCCGUGGCGGCCACCUACUCGACGGGCGCCCGCGGCACGCCGCUGGGCUGCGAGCCGGCCCAGUCGGACGCCACCACCGCCAUCACGGUGCGCCGCACCGACAGCCUGCUGUCCAGCGAGGAGCUGGCCGUCAUCAAGUACAGGGUGGACCCGCUGCACUUUGUGGACGCGCUCCGCUGGGAGAGCCGCCUCUUCUUCCCCUACUACAAGCUGAAGGCCGAGCAGGGCCAGGACGGGGAGCUGCCGAGCAUGGCUGUGCUGCGCCAGCUGCGGCCCUUGGAAAGUGCCUUUACUUUGCAAGGCCAGGUGUAUCUGGACUGCGGCUGCCGGAGCCUCAUCGUCUCCUCCAGCCUCGUCCGCCAGGGCGCCAAGGGCUGGUGGCUGGGUGUUUUCCGCCACAGCCGGGGCGCCAAGGCCUGGAACAGCACCGCCGUCUGCAUCUUCGGGAUGGAGGAGAUGAGCGACCAAGCCUGCGUCUCCACACACUUCUCUGGGGACGGGAACCCUUGUGAGGCGCAAUCAAUCACGAAGUUACCUACCUUGGUUCACUCUGGUUUAGUGGCUGUUUAUGGCACAGUUGUUUUGAAUCAGAUAGUUCUGUUUCUGGGAACAGAUGAUGGACAGUUACUGAAGGCUAUUCUUAAUGAGGAUAUGGUAUCUAAUUGCCCAGAGGUUUUAUAUGAAAUUAAGGAAGAAACUUCCAUUUUCCCCAAACUUCGACUUGAUCCAGUAGAUAAUAACUACAUCUAUUUGUCCUCUGCUAGUAAGGUGAGAAGAAUACCAGUGGCAAAUUGCGGUAGAUUUGUUUCCCAGCAAGAAUGCUUAUCUGCAAAGGAUCCCUACUGUGGGUGGUGUUCUUUGAAUCAAAGGUGCACAUUAAAAGAAAAUUGUACACGUUCAAACAGCAUAAAUGGUUGGUAUAACAUUUCACAUGCGCCUGAUAAAGAUCUGAAAAUCCUGCUAAGUUUCCCUGCCAGAAAUCAGGUUGCUGUGGCUGCAAGUAUAAGCAAAAUCCUUACUUCUUGUAUGGUAAAAAUUAUAAAACCUAUUGAAAUACUUUAUGAAAAUGUAAUGCUGAAAAACUCAUCCUGUUUCUGCAAUCUAACUACACCAGUGAUAACUGAUAAUGAUUGUCUUGUUCUCGAAGCAUCGCUGUCUUCAAGCUCUUGGAAUAUCACACAAACAUUUCAGUUGAAAAACUGCUCACGAUGUAUACGCAAGGGUGAGUGUGCCAGCUGUAAAAAGAAGCAUGUCUCUCCUGCCACUGCCUGCCAGGAUAGUUGUAAUGCCGCUGCUACUUCCAAUGGGAGCACCACUGCGCAGAAAUCAGAGCAUAUCAACAUUCAUUCCAUUGAGCCUUUGUGGAUUUCUACAUUAGGCAAAAGUGAAUUAACAGUCAAAGGAGAAAACUUUACACGUGCAUCAGGCAUAAAACUGAUACUGACUGGAAUCAGUGGCUGUAAACCAGACAUCAUUCAAGUCAGAAAUGUGCUAAAUGAUACACAGAUGACAUUUGCUCUCCCACCAACACGCAAAGAGGCCAAAAGUGUAUGCAUACAGGCUGAUGGGAGAAAAUGUUCACCACCGGUGACAUUGCAUUAUGUUUCACUGCCAUCGUGUUUUGGAAUCACACCAAAUACCUCCUGGGUCAGUGGUGGUCGCAGAAUAACCACAUCUGGUAGAAAUUUGAAUGUGGUGGACAAUGUGAUUAUUUCAGAUGACCAGAGACCAAACCUCACCGUCUCUAGGUGUCCUGGAAAUGAAUCUGAAUAUAAUUACUUAACGCCAAGUCUGAGCCAUGCAAAAGAGGGAAAAAUUGUUGAUAUGAUGUUAAAAGUAGAAACUACCUUUAUACCAUGUGUCAAGUUACACUACCACCCUGACCCAGUGUUCAUUAACUACCAGCUGCACACCGAACUGGAUCCUGAUCUGGAAUUAAAAAUAUAUAAAGAAAAUGACAACUUGAAUAUUUCCAAAACUGAGGUAGAGGUGUAUCUCUCUUACAUGAAUGGUGCACAGACUAAAAAGAUAUGGUUUGAUGUCCAAAAUAUUACCAAAAAACCGGACCGUAGCACCAUAUUGUGCAAAUUCAAAAGGGAAGGAAGUGACAAGAUUGAUUUUUCCACAGUGAAAGUUUUUGUCAAAUUAGGAAAUUUUGAGCAUGAAGUCAAGCCAACAUCAUCAUACAUAUAUUUGUAUGUUCUUAUUUUAUUACCUAUUGUAGUGGGUGUCAUUAUAGCGGCAUUCAUAGUUACUAGAUACAAGUCCAAAGAAUUAACUCGCAAACAGAGUCAGCAACUUGAACUGUUGGAGUAUGAGAUUCGGAAAGAAAUACGUGAGGGAUUUGCUGAACUGCAGAUGGAUGAAUUAGAUGUGGUGGAUAGUUUUGGAACUGUUCCCUUCCUUGACUACAAACACUUUGCUCUUAGAACUUUCUUUCCGGAGUCAGGAGGCUUUGCAUCCAUCUUCACUGAAGACAUGCCACAGAGCAGAGACCAAACGCGCAAGGAUGAAAGAUUCAACAUGUUGCAUGCUUUAAUUUGUAACAAGAACUUUCUUGUUGCUCUCAUUCACACCCUUGAAAAGCAGAAAAAUUUCUCUGUGAAAGACAGGUGUUUGUUUGCCUCUUUCUUGACUAUUGCACUACAAACUAAGCUAGUUUAUCUAACCCAUAUUCUGGAAGUGUUGACGAAGGACUUGAUGGAACAGUCAAGCAAUGUCCAACCUAAACUCCUGCUGAGACGGACAGAAUCUGUGGUAGAAAAGUUGCUGACAAACUGGAUGUCUGUCUGCCUUUCUGGUUUUCUCCGGGAGACAAUUGGUGAACCUUUCUAUUUGCUGGUGACAACCCUCAAUCAGAGGAUAAACAAAGGCCCUGUCGAUGCAAUAACUUGCAAGGCCCUGUACACGCUGAACGAAGACUGGCUGCUGUGGCAAGUGUCUGAAUUCAGAACAGUGACAGUGAACAUCAUCUUUGAAAAAAUCCCAGAAAACGAGAGUGGAGAUGCCUGUCAAACUAUCCAAGUUAAUGUUCUGGACUGUGACACCAUCGGGCAAGCCAAGGAGAAGAGCCUUCAGGCAUUUGUUAAUAAGAAUGGCUUUGUCUAUGGUCUUCAGCUGGAUGAAAUUGGUCUUGAACUGGUGUCUGAGGAGCAACAAAGAGAGUUGUUAGAUAUUGAUGGUUCCUCAGAGACAAUGGAAGAUGGGAUAAGGAGGCUAAACACCAUUGGUCAUUAUGAGAUUUCAAAUGGAGCAACUAUAAAAGUCUUUAAAAAGAAAACAAAUACCCGAUCAGAUGUGGACUACUCUGACAAACACUGUCAUUUGAUUUUACCAGACUCUGAAGCAAACAAGGAUGUGAAAGGAGCAGGUCACAAAGGAAAGCAAAAAUUUAAAGUGAAAGAAAUGUAUUUGACAAAGCUUCUGUCGACCAAGGUCGCAAUUCAUUCAGUUGUUGAAAAGCUGUUCAGAAGCAUUUGGAGUUUACCUAACAAUAAAGCACCUGUUGCCAUCAAGUACUUUUUUGACUUUCUGGAUGCCCAGGCUGAGAGCAAAAAAAUUACAGAUCCUGAUGUGGUCCAUAUAUGGAAAACCAACAGUCUUCCUCUUCGCUUCUGGGUGAAUAUACUGAAGAAUCCUCAAUUUGUCUUUGAUAUUAAGAAGACUUCACAUAUAGAUGGCUGUUUGUCUGUAAUCGCACAAGCUUUCAUGGAUGCCUUUUCUCUAGCAGAACAGACACUGGGGAAGGAAGCACCAACAAACAAACUUCUCUAUGCUAAGGACAUUCCACUCUACAAGAAAGAGGUGAAAGCAUACUAUAAAGCCAUCAGGGAUCUGCCUCCACUGACCACUUCAGAAGUUGAAGAAUUUUUAACUCAGGAAUCGAAGAAACAUGAAAAUGAAUUUAAUGAGGAAGUGGCCUUGAUUGAAAUCUUCAGAUACAUAGGGAAAUAUUAUGAUGAGAUCGUCAGCAAACUUGAGCGAGAACGGGGGUUUGAAGAAGUCCAGAAGCAGCUCCAGCAAGUAAAAGCCUUAUUUGACGAAAAGAAAAGAUGCAAAUGGAUUUGAGCGGAGCACUGACUCACAGCAUUCCUGUGGGAAAUAUUCAAAUAAGUGCUAUUGCUCCCAAAACAUGAAUGAUUAUAUGUACAGGGUUUGAAAUAUUUGAACACUUUUUUUUCCCCUCUGACCAUUCCAAGUAAAAUCUAAGUUUGGGAAUGAAUUAUGGGCAGGGUUAGAUAGUCAAAUGUGGGCAUGUAAAAGUGAAAGUGAGUCUAGCAUUGGUGUAGCUGGACUUUUUAGGUCGUUAAACACAUGCGUCUUUGGGUUCAAAAGCUUCUAAGUAAGCUUUCAGCUUACCUAAAAACAAACCUGUAGAAGACACGCAAAACAUACUGCAAGUUCAGAGUUGCCCAUGUGAACUUGUAAGUUGCUUACCUCUGUUUUUAAGAGAGGAAAGCUGGUGUUUUGCCACAUCCUUUCAGCAGCCUUGGCAAUCUGUGAGGAUGAGUUCCAGCUUCAGAAUAUGGGUCAGCUGCAGUUUCCUUCCUUUCCAGGCACAUGUACAUUGGUUCCUGUUUGUUUGAAGAAAACAAAAACAAAACAGCACCAAAGUGACACUUAGGACAAGUUUGUUUAGCAAAAAAAAAAAAAAAAAAAAAAAAAAAAAAAAAAAAGUGGGUCUGAGAUUUGAAGUGCAAAUGCCACACGACAGGAUAUCUGUUCCUUAGUUUAGGAAUUGCAUGUGCAAUGCAAAGCCGACCACUAAGGGGUAAGGCUUCUGGAGAAAGAAGCUGGACAGGCAUCAGUCUGUGUUUACAUUUCUACCUUUCCAUCCUUAAUAAGCUGUGAAACACUUGUGAGCAGCUUCACACCUGAAACCUCUGUGCAGCUGCACUGCCUCAGAACACCUUUGUGGUCUGAUGAGCCAGCUGGCGAUGGCUGCACUUUGGUGCACAACCCUGUACUCAGGUGCGUGAUACACAGGCGCAUGCAUCAGUGCUGACAGUCCUGGUCAGUCUCGCCAUCCAUAUGUAAGGGUUUCACAGACCUAAAGCCAGCGCUUUUUUUCAUCUUUUUUUUUUUUUCCCCAGGUAGGCCAAACAAAGGCUUCAUAAGAAGGCUGGUUUAACAUGCCUUAAGAACAAGAGGUCUGAUAUAAUCGCUGGUGUUUUUACUGUUCUGUAUGAGAGACUAUGUUUGCUAUAAUACGGGAUAGCUAGGGUUUCUUAGCAUUUUUUUUGGUCAACUGUCUGCCUUAGUCCUGCUGGGGUGUCUUUUGAGGGUUUUUUUCGGGGGGGGGGAAUUGGAGGGGAGGAGGAGUGCCAUCACAUUUGCAUUGGUGGCUAAGGUUUGCCCAACCGAAAGAAGGGUGCAUGGCCAUGCUGGUUAAAAUGGGCUGGGGCAGGGGCUACAGCGCAGAGAGCCGUGGAGGAAGAACCAUGGCUCUGACACCGGUAUAGCACAAGUGUAGUCCUGCCCCCACCACUACAGAGCUGAAGCAUCUUGUGGCCACGUCCUUUGUUUCACUUGCCGCGAUGGCACAGAGACGCUUAGUAAGGCUAUAACCUGCCCUUUGAUUUGUGAUGAGGCUUUGCUGGUAAGCUGCUCGGCUAGAAAAGCCAUUGAAAAAGUGACAUUGUUACAUUUCCACACAUUUCUUAAGUGAACCACUGCUUGCAGGCACCUGGCGUGGCUGUGGCUCACAUGUGGGUGGUGAGUCAUCCAUUGCCUUGACAGCAGCAAGGGAGCCAUGGGCUGCGAGCUGCGCAGAUGGCCUCAGUUUUAGUGUAGAAAGCACAUGCUACGGCUGUGCGGAGACAGAGCUGCCUAGGCACGGCUCCCAGGCAGCACAGCACUCGGAGACUUUGUUACCUUCUGCCGCUGCUUAGGAGGAGCCCAGACCCUGCAGUACCACUGUGCUAAAGCUGCCUGGUUUGCUUUGUUGCAAAUGCUACUAAAAGUUGGCCUGGCCCCAUUGCCCGGCACGUGGCCGGCCAAGGCUGUGGAACGCUAACCAUCACUGGCUGGAGCACAGCCGCCCGCGCGCUGCCCACAGGUCUGCGCCCUCCCUACCCUGCGAUUGCCCGCCUUGUACCUCUGGCAUAUCGGAGAGGGGAGCCACCAAUCCAUGCUGUAAUGGCUUUUUUUUUUGAUUCAAGUCUAACACUUGAUACUAAGUUUACACUUUAUACUUGAUGGAAUGUAUGGUUUUGUUCAGGAAACUGCACUACAGUGUUGCAGUACUUUCAGCAGUUCCCUCUUUCCUGUUAUGGCACAAUAUAUUGUGGUAAGUUUAAGAAAAACUAACCUAUCAUCUUGCCCUCUGUUGCAAAGGGGUGGACCAUGGCUUGAGUAGCACUUAAGCUUAGAAUACCUGUACUUAAACAAAGGGCUUUCAUCUUAACAUCCUUAACCUAACCUUUUAAAACAGCAUAAAGAAAAAAAAGCAAAGCACAGUAAUUAAUAUUAAAGGACAGGCCUAAGUAGUUUACUCUUUCUGGUUAGUCAGAUGUCUCAGAAAUUCAGUUCCAUUUCAGGUGUUUACUGGCAGUGUAGUUGAAGGAAUUGUUUUGUUCAACAGUAAUCUUCUGUACAGGCAGAAAAAAAAAAUCUGCUUGAAAAAAGUUGUAAGAUAUAAUCUGUUUGAGUGGGUUAGAUCCUAUGAACCUCACUAUAUGUGUUUAUAUGACAAGAAAAAUUAAAACCAAUCCUAUUUGUAUUUGUACUACUGCUUGUUUGCUACAAUAGCUUUAAUGGUUUCUAGAGAUGUAAGUAUGUGUUAAAGCAGGUAGUGUAGCUUUAGCCUACAGCCUGGUAUAGGAUUUAUUGCCUUUUUUUUCAAGCGUCCUAAACAGUUUCAAUCUGUUUGUAAGUCAUUUGAAGUCAUGCUGGGACUUUGCAACCCAUAAAGUGGAUCUUACAAAGUGAUGUGAAGUAUAAUUAAGUGACUGUAGCUCUUCUGGUAGGUUUUGGUCAGCACAAAAGAACAUUGGCAUACACAUGCACUAUUUGCAGUCCACUGUUACUUUGUUACACAGAAAAAAAAGGAACAAUCUGACUAAAGCUGUAUUAUGACAAACCAAUAAUUCUAAUAUUUCCUGAAGUGAAAACAGACUUCGCUAACUAAUUUUUCACAUUUACAGGAAAACUGCUAUUGCAAACAGUAUAUUUUCUAACACUAGCUUACAAAGCAUUAUUUUGCAGUUAUCUAGUGUAAAGUCAAAUCCUACUAAUGUGUAAAGUAAUUCCUGUUGUACAGAAGUUAUCUGUUGUUUAAAAUGAAUGGUUAAAAAAAGUGCAAAUGAGAAGUAUAUGUUGGUGUUUGUAUGGGUUUAUUUAGAAUAAAAUGCAUUUGAAGAUUA